UGACAGAUCCGGACGGGGAGGAGAUCACGGCGGAUGGCACGAUCCGAUUUUGUGCAGAUCUCGGAGUGGAUCCCGAGGAUGUCGUGUUGCUCGCGGUGGCGUACGACCUGAAAUCUCCGCGGAUGGGAGAGUGGUCGAGGAAAGGAUGGGUCGAUGGAUGGAAAGCUUUGGGGUGUGACUCCAUAUCGGCUAUGAAGAGCACUCUUCCCCGGCUGCGAGACAAGCUGGGAUCCGACCCGGAGUACUUCCGGCGGGUAUACAACUUUACGUUUGACUUUUCUAGGCCGGCGGGGCAACGGAGUCUUGGUGAGUCCGCAAUGGGCUGUAUCUCCGCGACGUCGAUUCAUUCGCACAUAGGAUUGGACAUGGCAGAGGCAUUCUGGGCUCUUUUGAUACCCCAUGGCCUACGAGGCGGCGCGCUGUCACACCUCCGCUCGGGCGAUGGAGAGGAGGAAGGUGCGCAGACAGCGGAGGAAGAGGGCUGGAAGGAGGAGUACACGCAGUGGUGGUUCGACUUCCUCAACGAGAAGGGAGGGAGAGGUGUCAGCAAAGACACAUGGCAAAUGGUGCGUCACGGCAUGUCUUCACGCUGCGGAAAAUUUCCUGAUACGCAGAGCUUGGCCGGCUUAGUUUCUCGAUUUUGUGCGCACGAUCGACGGGAAAUUCGAAAAGUACGAUACGGAGGCUGCGUGGCCAUCGACACUUGAUGACUUUGUCGGAUACGCGAAGAAACGAUUAGCUUCCGGCGCUGCUUGAGCGCAUUCUCGUCUCUGUUCGGCUCGUUCAUCCUGCUACUCUACGACUGCAUGGGCACAAUUUGUACGAUAGAAGAGCGCGUGUAGCAAAUAUCUCAGCUAUGGCGUUCAAUUUCUACUACAUGGAUGUUGACUUUU